GAGGCGCUCGACCCGCCGCUCCCCCGCGCCUCGCGCCCGCCUGGGGCCGCAGACGGCCAGCAGCGCAGUCCAGCCGAGCCUCGCGGGGCCGCCCCAGCCCGAGGACCCCGGGCCUGCGACCCCCGCGGCUCGCACCCCACUUUCUAGGACCACCUCACCAGGAGGACGCGUCGCACUCCCCGCGGCCGCUGCGCGCAUUCCAGGGUUCUGGAGGUGACGGGCACGAUGCUUUGGGUCCUGGUGGGGGCUGUCCUCCCUGUCACGUUGCUGGCUGCCCCGCCACCCAUCAACAAGCUGGCCCUGUUUCCGGACAAGAGUGCCUGGUGUGAAGCCAAGAACAUCACACAGAUUGUGGGCCACAGCGGCUGUGAGGCCAAGUCUAUCCAGAACAGGGCGUGCCUAGGACAAUGCUUCAGUUACAGUGUCCCCAACACCUUCCCGCAGUCCACAGAGUCCCUGGUGCACUGUGACUCCUGCAUGCCGGCCCAGUCCAUGUGGGAGAUUGUGACCUUGGAGUGCCCUGGCCACGAGGAGGUGCCCAGGGUGGAUAAGCUGGUAGAGAAGAUUGUACACUGCAGCUGCCAGGCCUGCGGCAAGGAGCCCAGUCACGAGGGCCUGAACGUCUACGUGCAGGGUGAAGACGGGCCAGGCUCCCAGCCUGGGCCACACUCCCACGCCCAUCCCCACCCCGGUGGCCAGACCCCUGAGCCUGAAGAACCUCCUGGAGCCCCUCAGGUUGAGGAAGAGGGGGCUGAGGACUGAGGGCCCCCCGACUCUUCCUCCCCUCUCGUCCCCUGUGGAAUGUCGGGUCCCACCCUCCAGGGAAGAGGGAGGGGAUAGGCAGAAGCACCCCCUCCCCCUUUGGCACUGGAUGGACUUGGAAUGCUGCCUGGUUGCCAUGGAGAUCUGAAGGGAGGGGCUGGAGCCAAGCUGCACAAUUUAAUAUAUGCGAGAUGGGGAGAGAGGAAGCAGGCCUCCUGAGGACUUUUCCUUUGGAAGGUGAAGUGUGGCCUUUCCUUUCAGCCUUCUGGAGAGGAGCCCUUGGGAUAGAGAGGAAGUGGGCUGAGCUGUGAGACCCUCACACAGGGCAGGCCCAGGCCAGGACCCACACAACCGACGGGGCAGGAUCCCGAGUGAUGGGCAGGGGGUGGGUAUCAUGUCCAUAUCAUCUUCGCAGGAGGAUCUGGGUGGGAAGACCGCUGGCAGAAGUCAGAAACUGCAGCCCCACGGGUUUCCCUAAAAGCCUCCCUCCCUCCCUCCUUCCCUCCCUCCUUCUGUCCCUCCCUCCCCACCACCCAGGAAGUAACCCCUUCAAUAGAGUGGCUUAGGAGUCCAGCUGGGGCAGGACCCUGCAGACUCAAGGGCCAGAGUGUCACGAAGAAGAAAGAAGAUCCCUCCCCUCUCUCCCUCCAGAGAUCUUAGCUCUGUGCUCCCCACGUUCUGGACCCUUCGGGAAGCAGCUGCAAUCAGCCCCCCACUGUCCUUGGGGGCUAGCCUUUCUGAAAGAGGUCAUGGUCUAGCUCCAUCACCUGGGACCAUAGCGGACAGGAGGCCUCUGCUGAACUCGGCUUUCUCUAGUUCCCCAUUCCGUCCACUCCUCCUUCCCAGCUGCACUUUAGGGCGGGGCAGGUGUCGAGGAAGGGCCCGCUGUCCCCUGAUAUGCUGGCACCAUUGUUCAUGUCCAGGGGCUGCCAGUUCACCCCCUCCCUGGGGGUGCCCCAGCCCGUGGCUGUUUGACAAGAGCCUUCGAGCUUGUAACCAGUAGCCAUCUCCCCUGAACCUGAGUGUUUUCAUGAAUAAAUGCCUUCAACGCC